UUCAUUUUGUUAUAACUACGAUGAGAAGCCGAGAGAACCACAGAAUUAUAAUGAAUCGGAUAAGAAAAAUCAACAUUCUCCCCCUAUAAAUACAAAACAACUAGCUAAAGUUCGAAGGAUUCAUACAUAAAUCUUCAACACAACUCUUUAAUUAUCUAGUUUAAUACAAAUGGCGGCGAUAGAGGACAGUCCAACGUUUUCCUCUGUGGUAACUCCGGCGGCUUUUGAGAUAGGCAGCCUCCCGACAACCGAGAUACCGGUGGAUCCGGUGGAAAAUGAUUCAACAGCACCGCCAAAACCGGUGAGAAUCACCUGUCCAACAGUCGCCGGAACUUAUCCCGUCGUUUUAUUCUUCCAUGGCUUUUAUCUUCGCAACUACUUCUACUCUGACGUUCUUAACCACAUCGCUUCGCAUGGUUACAUUCUUGUAGCCCCACAGUUGUGCAAAUUAUUGCCGCCGGGAGGGCAAGUGGAAGUGGACGAUGCUGGAAGUGUGAUAAACUGGGCAUCGGAAAACCUCAAAGCUCACCUACCAACUUCGGUAAAUGCUAAUGGAAAAUACACCUCACUCGUGGGCCACAGCCGCGGUGGGAAAACGGCGUUUGCGGUUGCGCUAGGCCAUGCCGCAACAUUAGACCCAUCCAUCACGUUUUCAGCUCUAAUAGGAAUUGAUCCAGUCGCAGGAACUAACAAAUACAUUAGAACCGAUCCGCAUAUCUUAACGUAUAAACCGGAAUCUUUCGAGCUGGACAUACCGGUUGCAGUGGUGGGAACCGGACUCGGACCGAAGUGGAACAACGUGAUGCCACCAUGCGCACCAACGGACUUAAACCAUGAGGAGUUUUACAAAGAGUGUAAGGCGACGAAAGCCCAUUUCGUGGCUGCGGAUUACGGACAUAUGGAUAUGUUGGACGAUGAUUUGCCCGGUUUUGUUGGGUUUAUGGCCGGUUGUAUGUGUAAGAAUGGGCAAAGAAAAAAGUCUGAGAUGAGGAGCUUUGUAGGUGGAAUUGUGGUUGCGUUUCUCAAGUAUAGUUUGUGGGGUGAAAAAGCGGAGAUUCGAUUGAUUGUGAAGGAUCCUUCCGUUUCUCCGGCCAAGCUUGAUCCUUCACCUGAGUUGGAAGAAGCUUCUGGUAUCUUCGUCUAGAUUUGUGUUAUGUACUAUUAUCAGAGGGGUCUUGAAUAUUUGAAAAACCUAUCAAUGUUUUCUAGCUCCAAGCUAGCUAUUGUUCAUGUCCUAAGUUGCAUGUGUAUUUUUAUUAAACUCGAUCAAAACAUUUGUUAUAGUUUUACCCCAAAACUUUACAGCUUCUUCUUAUACUAAAACCUAAACACAUUUAAAUAGCUAUAUAAUUCUCUAUAUAAUUCUUAUAUAAUGAAAUGUGACCAAGCUUUUCAACUUCGUUGCAAUGAUUCAUGUAAUUUGGUUUAACUCCGUCACAAACUCUAUAUCUUUG